ACCACUCCUGAUUAUAUACAUGUAUACAGCCAGCAUAGAGAGGUGUCAGUCCUGAUAAUAUACAGGUAAACAGUCAGCAUAGAGAGGUGCCAGUCCUGAUAAUUAACAGGUAGACAGCCCAGCAGAGAGAGGUGCCAGUCCUGAUAAUAAACAGGUAGACAGCCCAGCAGAGAGAGGUGCCAGUCCUGAUAAUAAACAGGUAGACAGCCCAGCAGAGAGAGGUGCCAGUCCUGAUAAUAAACAGUUAUACAGUCAGCAGAGAGAGGUACCACUCAUUAUAUACAUAUAUACAGGCAGCAUAGAGAAGUGCCAAUCCUGAUAAUCUAGAGGCACACAGUCAGCAUAGAGAGGUGCCAGUCUUGAUCAUAAACAGGCAGACAGCCCAGCAGAGAGAGACGCCAGUCUUGAUAAUAAACAGUUAUACAGUCAACAGAGAGAGACGCCAGUCCUGAUAAUAAACAGUUAUACAGUCAGCAGAGAGAGACGCCAGUCCUGAUAAUAUAGAGGUACACAGUCAGCCUAGAGAGGUGCCAGUCCUGAUAAUAAAUAAGUAGACAGCCCAGCAGAGAGAGGUGCAAGUCCUGAUAAUAAAUAGUUAUACAGUCAGCAGAGAGAGGUGCAAGUCCUGAUAAUAAAUAGUUAUAGAGUCAGCAGAGAGAGGAGCAAGUCCUGAUAAUAAACAGUUAUAUUGUCAGCAGAGAGAGGUGUCAUUCCAUAUAAUAAACAGUUAUACAGUGAGCAGAGAGAGGUGCAAGUCCUGAUAAUAAACAGUUAUACCGUCAGCAGAGAGAGGUGUCAGUCCUAAUAAUAAAUAGUUAUAUUGUCAGCAGAGAGAGGUGUCAUUCCAUAUAAUAAACAGUUAUACAGUGAGCAGAGAGAGGUGCCAGUCCUGAUAAUAAACAGUUAUACAGUCAGCAGAGAGAGGUGCCAUUCCUGAUAAUAAACAGUUAUAUUGUCAGCAGAGAGAGGUGUCAUUCCAUAUAAUAAACAGUUAUACAGUGAGCAGAGAGAGGUGCCAGUCCUGAUAAUAAGCAGUUAUACAGUCAGCAGAGAGAGGUGCCAGUCCUGAUAGUAAACAGUUAUACUGCCAGCAGAGAGAGGUGCCAGUCCUGAUAAUAAACAGUUAAACCCCCAGCAGAGAGAAUAGUCAGUCCUGAUAAUAAAUAGUUAUACCGUCAGCAGAGAGAGUUGACAGUCCUUAUAAUAAACAGUUAUACAGUCAGUAGAGAGAGGUGCCAGUCCUGAUAGUAAACAGUUAUACCGUCAGCAGAGAGAGGUGUCAGUCCUAAUAAUAAAUAGUUAUAUUGUCAGCAGAGAGAGGUGUCAUUCCAUAUAAUAAACAGUUAUACAGUGAGCAGAGAGAGGUGCCAGUCCUGAUAAUAAACAGUUAUACAGUCAGCAGAGAGAGGUGCCAGUCCUGAUAAUAAACAGUUAUAUUGUCAGCAGAGAGAGGUGUCAUUCCAUAUAAUAAACAGUUAUACAGUGAGCAGAGAGAGGUGCCAGUCCUGAUAAUAAACAGUUAUACAGUCAGCAGAGAGAGGUGCCAGUCCUGAUAGUAAACAGUUAUACUGCCAGCAGAGAGAGGUGCCAGUCCUGAUAAUAAACAGUUAAACCCCCAGCAGAGAGAAUAGCCAGUCCUGAUAAUAAAUAGUUAUACCGUCAGCAGAGAGAGGUGACAGUCCUUAUAAUAAACAGUUAUACAGUCAGUAGAGAGAGGUGCCAGUCCUGAUAGUAAACAGUUAUACCGUCAGCAGAGAGAGGUGCCAGUUUUGAGAUAAAUAGCCCAGCCGAGAGAGUUGUCAGGUAUGUAACCCAGGAAAAAAAGGUGCCUAUAAUGACACAUUUAUAAAGGGGGUUUCAGUCCUGUUCUAAAUUGCCCACAGAGAAAUGCCAGUUCUAUAAUAUACGUGCCAGCCCUACGAAAUAUAGACUGAGAUGCAUGCCCUGUAAUACACAGCCAUACAGAGAGGUUCCACCACUGAUAUAAAACUAACGUGGAUUUUGCUGUAAGAUGGAGCCUGUGACAUAUGCCAUUGCCAGCUGUUUUCUGCUGUUCAUGCUGCCCUCCAUUUUGCCCAGCGCUGGUCAGGUGGCCAUCAGAAUUCCCUUAAAGAACUCUCCACAUCCAGGCACUGUUGUGGGGCAUCGAACUAAGCGCUCAGUGGAAGAGACAGGGGACAACAGUAAUUUCAUAGAUAUGAUAGACAAUCUGAGGGGAAAAUCGGGUCAAGGAUAUUACGUAGAAAUGACGGUUGGCACUCCUCAGCAGAUGCUUAAUAUACUUGUGGAUACAGGGAGCAGUAAUUUUGCAGUGGGUGCUGCGCCUCACCCCUUCCUGAAGCGAUAUUACCACCGGCAACGCUCCAGAACCUACCGAGAUGUGAGGAGGGGAGUAUAUGUGCCAUACACCCAGGGAAAGUGGGAAGGGGAACUGGGCACUGAUUUGGUGACAAUACCACAUGGUCCCAACGUUACCGUCACAGCCAACAUUGCUGCCAUCACUGACUCUGACAAGUUCUUCAUCAAUGGCUCCAACUGGGAAGGAAUCUUGGGCCUUGCUUAUGCUGAGAUUGCCAGACCUGAUGACACACUGGAGCCGUUCUUUGAUUCCCUUGUGAAGCAGACUCGGGUGCCCAACAUUUUCUCCUUACAGCUAUGUGGUGCUACAUUUUCUGCCAAUGAGAGUGACAUGAGUACCUCUGUGGGGGGCAGCAUGGUGAUCGGAGGCAUUGAUCACACUCUGUACAUGGGUAGCAUCUGGUACACACCAAUCAGAAAGGAAUGGUACUAUGAGGUCAUCAUCGUGAAAAUAGAGAUCAACGGACAGGACCUAAAGAUGGACUGUAAGGAGUAUAAUUAUGACAAGAGUAUUGUAGACAGCGGCACGACCAACCUGCGCCUGCCCAAGAGAGUGUUUGAUGCAGCUGUGAAAUCCAUCAAAGCUGCGUCUUCGACAGAGAAGUUUCCAGAUGGUUUCUGGUUGGGGGAGCAAUUAGUGUGCUGGCAGGAAGGCACCACCCCUUGGCAUAUCUUCCCAGUUAUCUCCUUGUAUCUGAUGGGUGAAGCCACAAACCAGUCUUUCCGGGUCACCAUCCUCCCACAGCAAUACCUACGCCCUGUGGAGGACAUCACUACAUCACAGGAUGACUGCUAUAAAUUUGCUAUAUCACAGUCAUCCACAGGAACUGUCAUGGGAGCGGUGAUCAUGGAAGGGUUCUAUGUAGUGUUUGACCGAGCACACAAACGUAUUGGAUUUGCUGUCAGCACUUGUCAUGAACGAGACGCGUUCCGCGCACCCUCUGUGGAUGGUCCAUUUUACGCUUCUGACCUAGAGGACUGUGGAUAUAACACCCCUCAGCUGGAUGAAUCAGCUCUCAUGACCACAGCAUACGUGAUGGCAGGUGUAUGCGCUCUCUUCAUGCUCCCACUUUGCCUGAUGUUGUUCCAGUGGCGAUGUUCCCGCUGUCUCCAGCGAGCCAGGGGGGAUUUUGCAGAUGACAUCUCUCUGCUCAAAUAAAGACUUUCCCUGGCCAUCCCAAGGCACCAGCAACAAAACUGGGCAAGCGGGGCCCAAACAAUAGCUGUUGUAUCGGACACCAAAACCCGCACCAUAGGAUGUAGUCUAGUGGUCAGUGGGGGUGACAGACAAGUGCCCUUUAAUAAAAAAAAAUAAAAAGCAAAAAUGCAUUUUCAUGCACCGUAUGUAGGACCUGGAUCUUAUGUGAUCAAAGAUAUUGCAAACUCAUGAAGCCAUAUUGAAUAUUAACAAAAUGUGGAAUUUCUCUGGC